AUGGGGACCCAGCUAUACCGGCAGACCGACAUGGAGUUUGAACGGCAACAAGACCAACAUCAAGGUCAAACGCAGCAGCCACCGUCCGGCAGCUCGCAGGCGCACGACCCCAUAGCUCUCCUUCCCCCGCAGGACGAGAUAGUAGUCGCAACAAGCAGCGCAGAGUCUCCGAAGAAGAGACGUCGACAGGACACGCGCCCAGAUGCCAAUGAGUUCAUGGCCCUACGACUAGCGGAGGCCGAAAAUUACGAUGUCGUGCUUAUCCAGGAACCAAAUGUCUGGAUAGAAAGGAAGAGCGAGAUAUGCAGGACCCAGACACACCAGGCUUUCCACGUCUUUGCGCCAGAACGAACGUGGGAGCCAGGCCAGGCCCCGAGAGUGAUGUCAUACGCCCGUAACGACACGAAUAUCCGGGUCGAGCAGAUCUGUCCGACACCUACGCGCGACAUACUCUGGCUCCGGGUCAACGACAUCCUCAUCAUCAACUUCUAUCGACAUGAGAGGACCCCUGGGCCGCUUGAUUACCUCCUCCACCAGCAGGAGGUGCCUGAGAGAUGCCUUGUCGCGGGCGACUUCAACGCCCACCACUGCUCGUGGCAGCUCGGAGUGCGGACUGCCAGACACGGGGCGGCGAUUGCCGAAUGGGCAGCGCAUCGCGGGCUUGGGCUGCUAAACGCGCCGGGCAAGGCCACGCACAGGGUAUUAGAAGGCGCCGAAAGUAACCAGGACGUCUAUAAGAUCAUGCGAUGGUCGAAGAGACCGAGUCCAUUCCGAGCCCCGCCUAUCAAAGUAGGCGAGACGGUCUACGAAACCCAGGCGGAGAAGGCGAAGGCACUUCGGGCCGAGAUUCUAGAGAGGCGCGUGGCCGCGGACGACAUCCGAGACCCCUGGAUUCCGGAGGUCGCGGCCCCGCACAGGUCCGUCGAUUGCAGCGUCACGCUCGCCGAAGCGACGCACGCAUGCACCUCUACCGGGAACACCUCUCCGGGAGUGGACGGCAUCACAGUCCGGAUGCUGCGUCGGGCCUGGAACCACAUCGGCGAGGCUGUGAGGGAGCUGUACGAGGGCUGCCUACACCAGGGCUACCACCCGACCUGCUUCCGCGUUGCGAAGGUGGUGAUGAUCCCUAAGCCGGGCAAGAGAGACUUGUCUACCCCGAGAGGCUGGAGGCCCGACCUCCGCUGGCUCGGUGUCUGGUAUGACAGAAAGCUCUCGUUCCGAACGCAUGUGGAGAAGUGGGCCGCAAAGGCGAAGAAGGUCGCCGAGUUUAUCCAAAACCUCUCGAACACGCGGCGCGGAAUUCCUCCUCGGUCGACUCGACAUGCGGUCACGGCCUGCGUCCUCCCGAUCCUCCUUUAUGGGGCCCACGUCUGGCAUCCAGGGACGCUCCGGCCGGUGUGGGGAUCGUGCCGGCUGAUCCCGGCGCGAAUCACUUACUUGAAGGAUAGAAUCCAGCAGACGCUGAACGUGGCGAUGCGCGCUAUCGCACCUGCAUGGCGCACCACGCCAAUUGCGGGCCUCCACCGGGAGACCGGCAUACCGCCCGCCACGCUACUUCUUACGGACGCUCUAAGGCGCGCUGCGGUGCGCCUACGCUCUUUGGAUGCACGGCACCCGCUGACGCCCCGCAUGAGCAUCCUCCCAACGCCUGGCCGGCAGUUGAUGCAGGAGUAUGGCAUACGGCCACCCUGCGCGGCCCGAAAGCAGCAGGCCUCGCGACUGCUCCGCCUUCACCAAAUGACGGCCCAAGCGCCGAGGCCCAGACUUCAACCCCCAGCCCCUCCGCAGCCGGAUCCGACAGGAGGCUUAGACAAGACCCAGGCGGCGAGGAGUUUCCGUGAGUGGCUCCGGGCAUGCUCCGAAGAUACGCUCAUCGUCUACACUGACGGCUCGAAGAGCGAGGACGGCGCAUGCGGGUAUGGGUACUCGGUCUGGCUAGGCCCAGACGAAGUGGUCUACGGCAGCGGCCGGAUGCCACUGGCCGAGGUAUACGACGCCGAGGUCGAGGGCGCUCUCAAAGGACUCCAAGUGGCGCUGGCUUGGGCCCCGACGAGCCUGGACCGGCAACGCCCGAUCGUGAUCUGUCUUGAUAAUACGGCUGCCAUACGGGCCAUACGGGGCGGCCCGUCGAUCUCGUCGCAAGCGGCGGCGGUGACAUUCGUCGAGGUCGCAGCUCGUCACGGAGAUGUCAGCACGCGCUGGUGCCCCGGCCAUGAGGGUAUAAUCGGCAACGAGCGGGCUGACGGGCUGGCGAAAGAGGGCUGCCGAUCUGACGGCCCGGACAGGCCUCCGACCUACGCGUUCAUCAAGAGACAGGCAAAGGCUGCGGCCAGUCGCGAUUUCCAAGACUGGUGGGCCGCGGCGACCCCGAGCAGCUACAAGAGCCUAGAGCUCAAGGCCUUGCUCGGGUGCCCGCCGGAGCUGCACACCAAACGACAGCACCUCCGCCACCUGCUUGCCGCAAGGAGCGGGCACGGAGACUUUGCCGACUAUCAUGAGAGGUUCGACCACCAAGAGGUCCGGAUUGAAUGUUCCUGCGGGAGGAGAAAAUCGCCGACACACAUCUUCUACUGCCGGAAGAUUAGCACUCGACACCGCCUGAGGUUGGUUCCGACGGCGGAUGAGGCCAUCAGCCAAGCGCUAGGGCGGGGCUUUGACCGGUUCCUCGGGCUGGUGAUGGAGACGGGGUUCUUUGAUCGAAUCUGCCACCGCCACUAG